AUGCGUUGCAGACCAUCCUCCUCGCUCGUGGGCGUGCUCUCCACCCUGUCCCUCUUGACCGGCGUCGUCCAUGCUUUGACAGUUGAUAGCAAAGUUCUCAUCAUCGGAAGAGAUGAUAUCGAUGUUAAGAGUACCAGUACCGGCCUUGAUGCCUACGGUAUCCCAUGGGAGGCUGUCAUGAUUCCUAAGACUGGUGGUACAUUGCCCACUCUUGCAGCCUCUUCUGACCGUGGAAAUUUUGGAUCUAUCGUCCUCGUUGGCAGCGUUUCUUACGAAUAUGAGACUGGCCAUGCUAGUGCUCUUAAGCCUGAGCAGUGGACCCAGAUUUACCAGUACCAGUCGACUUACAAGGUCCGCAUGGUCCGCUUGAAUGAAUACCCUGGGCCAAACUUUGGAACACUCCCUGCCGAUUCGAGCGGGUCUGGCUGCUGCGAUCCAGGCGUUAAGCAAGACAUCAUGAUUACCGAUUCAUCCGCUUUCCCCGGUGCCAACCUCAAGGCUAAUGUACCGGUUCCUACUGACAACCUGUUCCACUACCCUGCCGUCAUUACGGCAGCCAACAUGACCACCCCCUUUGCCCACUUUGAGCCUGGAGACCGCUUCACCGAGAGAACAGUCGCCGGCGUUAUUAACAAGAUGGAUGGCCGCGAGCAGAUGGUCUUCUUCUUGCCAUUUGCACCCCAGUGGUCUCUGACUUCUGGCUAUCUGCAGCACUCUUACCUCCACUGGAUGACUCGCAGCACUUUCUCCGGCAAGCGCAAGACACAUCUCAACGUUCAGGUCGACGAUGUCCAUCUCAGCACCGGUCUUUUCUUCCCCGAGGAGAAGGAAUUCCGCAGCCGCACUGGUGAUCUUCAAGCUCACAUUGAGUGGCAACGCAGCAUCAACUCUCGUCUCCCCAGCGGAUCAGACUUUUGGUUGGAGAUGGGCCACAACGGCAACGGUGAUAUUAUUAGCGCUACCAACAAGUCGGAAUCCCAGGGUGUCUGCAUUCCGGGACAGGCGGUUGACUACACCUCCCCUCUUGAUACCGAACCUGAAUUCAAGAAGCCCCUUGGCACCGGUACCGACGUUUGGCCCGCAGAGUUCACCACAUACAACUGGACUAAGCCCUGUGCUGACAUGGAUGAUCUUGCUUCGUGGUUCAUGAACCCUUCCAACAGAGAUGCCUUCGCUCACGUUUCGCACACCUUUUCUCACUAUGAGCUCAAUAAUGCUACCCACAACGAUGCCACUCGUGAGGUUCACUUCAACCAGGCUUGGCUCAAGCAGACCGGUAUUGACCAAGCCCAGCGCUGGUCGCCGAAGGGUCUCAUCCCUCCUGCCAUUACUGGUCUUCACAACGGCGAUGUUAUCCGAGCGUGGACUGAGAACGGUAUCAGCCUGGUCGUUGGUGACAACACCCGCCGUGUUCUGCGCAACCCUGACAGCAAGUACUGGCCCCUUGCUACUACUACCGAGAGAAAUGGUGGCGAAGGUGUCUGGAUUAUCCCCCGUUAUGCCACCACCAUCUACUACAACUGUGACACUGAAGAGUGCAUGUUGGAGGAGUGGAAGUUCGUCUCGAAUCGCACCGGCACCUUUACCGAUCUUCUCAACGAUGCUCGCAACGUCAACCUGCCCUACCUUCUCAACCUCCAGGCUGAUCCCUACAUGUUCCACCAGGCCAACUUGCGAUGGAUUGACAUGCCUGAGCGAACCUUGGGCACUGAGACUGGCACCUUUUCCGUCAUUGUCAGCUGGAUUGAGACGAUCGCUCAAGAGUUGUACCGUCUGACCGACUGGCCCGUUGUCUCUCUCAAGCAUGACGACUUUGCCCAGUACUUCUUGGACCGCAUGGCUGUUGACAAGUGCAAGCCCAUGGUCAGCUACACCUACUCUAGCGAUGCUUCCAGAAUUGCCAGCCUGACCGUCACCACCGAGGGCAACAGCUGCUCGGCGCCCGUUCCCGUCACUAUUCCCCGUGGCAGUGCCUCUGGUGGUAAUAGCCGUCUGGACACUGUCGGCAGCGAGCCCCCCAUCGUCUGGGUUACCAUGAGCGGCUCUCCCGUGACGCUCCAGCUUAGCGAGCCUGUCCGUCUUUAA